CGCCAUCAAAUUUGACAGUCUUACUUAUUUUCUAGGGUUUUUUCUACAGUCUUCUUCCUGAAAAAUUAGGGUUUUCGUUGUUUAUCCCCACUUUCAUGAUUGUUGCUUCUUAAUAUAUCAUCCCUGUUACAAGAAUUUUCGAUGGGUUUUUAUUUUGACAGUUGGAGUCAGUCGUAAUUUCACAGCUCUGAUCUUUUGACUUUAAAUUGCGAAAUUAGAGCAAGUAUUGUUGUCAUAAUUAAAGCUGCAGAUUAGGGUUAUUGGGGGUAUGGAUUGUGACCGAUACGAGUUAUUUAUUGGAGGCAUACCAAGAGGGACUAGUGAAGAGUCUCUGAAGCAGCAUUUCAGUAGAUAUGGAGCGGUCUUGGGAGCUGUUGUUGCUAAGGAGAAAGCCACUGGCCAACCCAGAGGGUUUGGGUUUGUUCGCUUUGCCAAUGCUUAUGAAGUUGAUAAAGCUCUAAGGGAUUCUCAUUACAUUCUCGGUCGUGCCGUCGAUGUUAAAAAGGCGAUACCGAAACAUGAACAUAUGAGACAACAACUUAACGUGCAACCAUACUUGAGCCAAGUUCAACAGAACAACGAUGGUGGUGUUCAUGAGAUGUUAAUUAAUGGGAAUAACUACCAUAGGACUAAGAAACUGUUUGUUGGGGGCUUAUCGUCUGAGACGACUAAAGAAGAGUUCAAGACUUACUUUGAGAAGUUUGGUCGUAUUACCGAUGUGGUUGUGAUGCAUGACAGCGUAACAAACAGACCAAGGGGUUUUGGGUUUGUCACAUAUGAUUCAGAGAACUCUGUUGAGAUCGUUAUGCAGAGUAAUUUCCAUGAGUUGAGUAAUAAGCGCGUGGAGGUGAAACGUGCAAUACCUAAAGAAGGAAUCCAGAUCAAUAACGGUGGGAAUCAUAGCCUUCCUCCUACCUACAACAGCUUUCAAACGACACCGUAUGUGCAUGGGAGAAAUGGAUAUGAAUUGACUGCUCAGUAUCCUCCGGUCUUUGCUUAUCAUCAUGGUUUCCAAGGCUUUCACUAUCCUUAUGGCUACCCGGUCACAGCUCAAGGACCUACCGUUCCAUGGAAUAACCUGAUUAUGCCACCCACACCGGGGUUUUACUGUCCCCCUCCUCCUCCUCCCACCACCAACGCUCAUUGUUAUCUCCCUUACAUGAACGGGUUUGAUCAUGUUGGUAUGAGCGUCACUGCGUUCAAUGCUGUACCAUGGCCUGUAGGUGGUGAUGUGAUGUUAGGAGUUUUCAAGAACAAAGAUGAUCCCCCUCUUGGUGGCUCCUAG